UGCCGGGCUGCAGACAUGGAGGGCCAGACCAGCAGUGGCAGCAGGAGGCCAGGGACCCAGGCAGGCCUGGGCCUCUUGCCUGGACCUCAUGGAGUUUCCCAAACUGGAGGAUCCCCCAAGGUGGACUCAAGUUUUCACCUCCCGGUGAAGGAGAAUGCAGGCCCGGUAUCCUCGGAACCAAGGUUGGUUCUGGCACCUGCGGGGCCGCAAACAACUAUGCCACCUUCCUCAGAAGCACCAAAGCUGGUUCUGGCAUCUCCCCGGCCCAUCCUGGUUCCACUGUCUACCCCUGGAGGGCAGAAAAAAGUUCCUGCCCACAGCAGCUCCAGCCUGGCUCCAACAUCCCUCGGCCAAUUGGUGAUGUCGGCCUCAGCUGGGCCAAAGCUUCCUCCAGUGACCUCAGGCUCAGUCCUGGCUCCCACAUCCCUGGGGCAACUGGUGAUGUCUGCUUCAGCUGGGCCGAGGCCUCCCCCAGUGACCCUGGGGCCCAGGCUGGCUCCAUCAUCCAGGGACCAGAAGCAGGUGCCACCUGCCUCCGUGGGACCCAAGCCAGCAUUGGCUGCUUCAGGCCUGAGCCUGGCCCUGACAUCUGAGGAGCAGCCUCCACAGCCCCCCUCCAUCUCUUCCCCAGUGCCCAGUCCUGUUCUGUCGCCUUCUCAAGAUCAGACCCUGGCUCCACCAUCCAUGACAUCAGCCCCAACUUCUGUGCGAUGUACACCAGCUAAACAGAGGGAUGCCCUAACCCCUAGACUCCCCCCUCCUUCUGAAAGUCAUCUCCAGCCUCUGGCUCAGGCAUCUAGUCCUGUGGGCGCCCCAUCCUUGAUCCAAACGUCCCCAGACCCCCGGAUCUCCCCCUCCUUCAGAGCCAGGCCUGAGGUCCCCCGUAGCAGCCCUGAGGAUUCUGUCCUCCCCCGGCCACCCCAGACCCUGCCCCUGGAUGUGAGCCAGGGCACUCCGGAACCUGGCAUCCGCUCCCCUGGACUUCUGUCCCCCACUUUCCGGCCAGGGGGCCCCUCAAACCAGACUGUGCCCCCACCUCUACCCAAGCCUCCACGGUCUCCAAGCCGCUCCCCAAGUCGCUCCCCCAACCGGUCCCCCUGUGUUCCUUCAACUCCUGAGAUGACCCAUCUCAGGCCGGGCACCCAGAGUGCUGGGCCUGGUGGGCGCCUGAGCCCCAGCCUUCAGCCUCCUGAAGCCCCAGCCCCAGUCACCACCUCCUCCUCUACAUCCACCUCGUCAUCCUCUUCUUGGUCAGCUCAGUCUACCUGCAAGAAUGACCCCGGCUUCUGGAUCACUGUGGUCACGUGGAACGUGGGCACCGCCAUGCCCCCGGACGAUGUCACAUCCCUCCUCCACCUGGGCUGCAGCAGCGAUGACUCUGAUGGGGCAGACAUGAUCGCCAUAGGGUUGCAGGAAGUGAACUCCAUGAUCAACAAGCGGCUCAAGGACGCGCUCUUUACGGACCAGUGGAGCGAGCUCUUCAUGGACGCGCUGGCGCCCUUCAACUUUGUGCUGGUGAGCACCGUGCGGAUGCAGGGCGUCAUCCUGCUGCUGUUCGCCAAGUACUACCACCUGCCCUUCCUGAGGGACGUGCAGACAGACUGCACCCGCACUGGCCUGGGCGGCUACUGGGGCAACAAAGGUGGCGUGAGCGUGCGGCUGGCGGCCUUCGGGCACAUGCUCUGCUUCCUGAACUGCCACCUGCCGGCGCACAUGGACAAGGCGGAGCAGCGCAAGGACAACUUCCAGACCAUCCUCAGCCUCCAGCAGUUCCAGGGGCCGGGGGCUCACGGCAUCCUGGACCACGACCUCGUGUUCUGGUUUGGGGACCUGAAUUUCCGUAUUGAGAGCUAUGAUCUGCACUUUGUCAAGUUUGCCAUCGACAGCAACCAGCUCCAGCAGCUCUGGGAGAAGGACCAGCUCAACAUGGCCAAGACCACCUGGCCCAUCCUAAAGGGCUUCCAGGAGGGGCCCCUCAACUUUGCGCCCACCUUCAAGUUUGAUGUGGGUACUAACAAAUAUGACACCAGUGCCAAGAAGCGGAAGCCUGCCUGGACAGACCGUAUCCUGUGGAAGGUCAAGGCUCCAGGUGGGGGUCCAAGCCCCUCAGGACGGGAGAGCCACCGGCUCCAGGUGACCCAGCAUAGCUACCGCAGCCACAUGGAGUACACAGUCAGUGACCACAAGCCAGUGGCCGCCCAGUUUGUCCUGCGGUUUGCCUUCAGGGAUGAUGUGCCGCUGGUCCGGCUGGAAGUGGCAGACGAGUGGGUGCGGCCGGAGCAGGCUGUGGUGAGGUACCGCAUGGAAACAGUGUUUGCCCGCAGCUCCUGGGACUGGAUCGGCUUGUACCGGGUGGGUUUCCGCCACUGUAAGGAUUACGUGGCUUACGUCUGGGCCAAACAUGAAGAUGUGGAUGGAAACAUCUAUCAGGUGACAUUUAGUGAGGAGUCCUUGCCUAAGGGCCAUGGAGACUUCAUCCUAGGCUAUUACAGCCACACCCACAGCAUCCUCAUCGGUGUCACCGAACCUUUCCAGAUCUCGCUGCCUACCUCGGAGGUAGCCAGCAGCAGCACCGACAGCUCGGGCGCCAGCUCGGAGGAUGAGGAUGACAGCACUCUGGAACUGCUUGCGCCCAAGUCCAGAAGCCCCAGUCCUGGCAAGUCCAAGCGGCACCGCAGCCGCAGCCCAGGCCUGGCCCGCUUCCCCAGCCUUGCCCUGCGGCCCUCUUCCCGAGAACGCCGUGGUACCAGCCGCAGCCCCUCACCCCAGAGCCGCCGCCUGCCCCGGGUAGCCCCUGACAGGGGCAAUGAUGGCAGCGGCCAGGGCAGUAGUGACGAGGGACCCUCUGGGCUGCCUGGCUACCAGGCCUUCCCACCAUCUGUGCCUCGAAACCUGCGCUUGCUGCCUGCCUUGCGCCUAGAGACCGUAGACCCGGGUGGUGGCAGUUCCUGGGGAUCUGAUACGAAAGUCCCAACCCCUAACAGCCUGUCUCCCAGCCCCCAGGGCCAGUAGGGAUUGGAGAAAGGGAACUUGGCACCCUGAGGGUGGGCGUGCAGGUGGGCCCAGGUGGCCCCCACUCUGUCCCAUCUUCUGCAAACCUGCCUGCCUCCCUCCUGCUGCUGCUCCAGCUUCAUCUGCACCUGCCACUCUGUCCUGACCAGGAGUGGACAACUGGGGUCCCCCAAGCUUGGUCCCGGCAUCUUAACUGUGACAAUCAGCAAAGUCCUGUCUGGGCCCCCAUCUGGGAUGGAGGGAGGGGCACUUCUGGAGGUCAUCCAUUAGGAAUUAAAUUCU